GACGACUGUAGGGACGCCAGUCCGAGCAUGCGCCCGUAAUUCUCUGCGUGCGCCAGCUCUUCAUCCUUUGCUCUUGGGUAGCCUCGCGACCAGGCCCCUCUUGGCUCUACAUCUUUCGCUCGACGGCUGCUGUCGCGGCCACCUCUCACUAUGCCGUCGAACGGCACGAGUCGCAAGACGCCCACCGCCAAGGUGGUCAAGAGGGAAGAUUCCGUCCCACUCGACAGCCUUUUCGACGAUUUGUUGGAGGAUGAUGCGAAGACGGCAGACAUCCCCAAGUCUCUACCUCACGUGAAGAAGUUGGGGAACUGGGAUACCGAGCACAGUGACGCAGCGAAAGAAAACUCCAAAACAUCCUCUGGCCGCUCCACUCCGGCGCCCACCUCCGCUCCCAUGACCAAAGUCUCCAGCAACGUCACCAAAGGCUUCGCCGCCGGCAAACCGAUGCAGGACAAGCCCGAGAUGCUCAAGUGCAGCCAUUGCAGGCGGGCCGUCACGAAACACUCCAUGCCCAAGCACGUCGAGAACUGCCUGAACAAGAAGCAAGAAAAGCAGCGCAAGAAGAAGGAGGCCAAGGACGCCCGCGAUGCGGCUGCAAGAAAGGAAAAGACCGGUGCGGGCGAUAGCGACGACGAUGAGGAUGCAGACGAGGUGGGGAAGAAAGGCACGGCGAGUAAAACGGGCAGUAAGAAGCGCAAGGCCGGCGACGAGGGGGAUGAUGCCGCAGGUCCAGCCAAAAAGAAGAAGAAAAAGGAGGACUCCAAAGCCAAACCCCCGCGCCCAAAAGCGCCCGUCGACGUAGAAAAGCAAUGCGGCGUCGAGCUGCCGCAAGGCGGCCAAUGCGCGCGCAGCCUGACGUGCAAAAGCCACAGCAUGGGAGCGAAGCGCGCCGUCCCCGGCCGCAGCGCACCUUACGACAAGCUCCUCAUGGAAUACCAGCGCAAGAACCAAGCGAAGCUGCAGAAAGCGCAGUUUGACGCUUCCGCCCCGAAUCCCGACGACGACAGCCUGCCUUCCGGCCCCGUGGACUCGGAGGAGGAGCGCGACGCGGUCAUGACUUCCAUCGCGCGGAGCUGGGGCGGUCAGCCGUUGUUCCAGAAGACUCGCGUGCCGUUGCAAGCCAAGUACACGCACAAUCGCAUCAAGGGGAUGUUGCAGGGCGCGCUGGGAUCGAGGGGCGGCGGAGGCCUAUUUGGAAGUCUUGGGAGCGGCUUUUUCGGCUCGGCGCCUCCUCAGGCUGCUCCUGCUGCGCCGGUAGUGGACGAGCAGGGCCAUGUGCAUGCCAGGCGAGGCAGCAUUGUGCCGGGUGCUAGGAGCAUGAUGGCCCCGGCGAGUAGUCGGAAGGGCAGCGUGGCGGCUAACUGACGCGACGAUCGGAGAUGGGUGUUUUGUUUGCGAGGCGUUCUCUGGCUGGCGAGGCGACGAUACCCCUACUUGGUUUGAACUUGAUGAGAUGAAUGUGUGUGCUUUCGUCGACACAACUACAAGCGUAAUACAGCAACAACCGUGAAUGAACCGCACU